AUGACAACACUGCCACCAGCUGCAGCUGAUAUUACACAAUGGUUGAAUAUCUUAGUUGGUCGUACUUAUGUAGAUGUCUAUUCAAUUAUUAAAGAAUUCCAAAAGGAACAACAAAAUGUUGAUUGUCAGAUAGAAAGAAUUCUUAAUGAAGAACCAAAACCCAAAUCUAAAAAAAAUACAUUUGAACGAGAAAAACAGAUCAUGAGUGUUUUAAAUGAUCGGUUUAAUCAUACAACUAUAGAUUUUUUAAAAGGGAUUGCAUAUAAUCUUUCUUUUUAA